UAUACGCAUCAAAAUUCCAAGUAGCCUUCCACUUUUCCAAUACUCUCGACGCCUGCAAGAUUUCUGGGUUUGCAGGCAGAAGAAAAGGAUGUCAAAAGUAGAGUCUGCCUCUGCUAUGGCGCUACACAAGAGCAAGAGGAAGUCAGUAUCAUUUAUAGCUGCAAAAAGGCGUUCAACAAUAUCAGCCCACAACACCAAACAAGAGAAGAAGAAAAGAGGUCCGAUGGGAAGAAAAACCUGGUGCUGCACCAGGUCUGUUGGGAGAAGCCGUAAGAAGUCCUCCCUUGAGGCAAUCGUUCAGAAAAGAGAGAGGAAGAAGAAAAUGAAAGCUCAAGUGAAGGAGAUGGAAGCGUUUGUGUCGCACAUGAGAACCCAAAUGGACUGCGGAAGUCGUUUGCUGCUGGAAGGAGAAGCAACAGUGGAAGAGUUUAAAGCACUAGUUGCCCAAAUGGAGGAGGAAAAUAAGCUGCACUUUAUGAUGAUUCUACGGGGCGAGCUUCUUGCUGAUCACAUUCAGUUCACUAUUCUCCCAUAGCCAGACAUAUAUAGCACUACUUUAUGAGAUGACCUACUUAAGUUUAUGUCGAGGGGCAUCUGGUAUUGAUUAAAAAGGGUAGUCCUUAUGAUGGUGGUACUUGGUGGUCCGAUUGUGUUGCAGAAUGAGAA